GUCACUUAACGUCACCCAUCUUUGGAAAUAAUAUUUUGUUGAGUGAAGGAUUAAAGCCAUCUUAUCAUGAAUGACUCGUAUGUUUGAUUUUCUUGAGUUGACUAUAUUCCAAGCUACUUCCAAGAACUGGAAGAUUGCUCCUAACAUAUAUGAGUUUUCUGCUAAAGACAUUGAUGGGAAUGAUACAUGCCUGGAAAAAUACAGGGGUCACGUGUGUUUGAUAUUAAAUGUAGCAUCUAGAUGAGGAAUGACUGCGAAGAACUACACUCAGCUUGCAAAGUUGCACGUCAAAUAUGCUGAGUCAAAGGGUCUUCGCAUUCUCCUCUUUCCUUGUAACCAGUUUGGUGGCCAGGAACCAUGGCCAGAACCAAAGAUAAAAGAAUUUGUCCAUGGUUACAGUGAUGGAUUUGAAUUAUUUAGUAAAAUAGAAGUAAAUGGAAAUAAUGCACUCCCCCUUUUCAAAUAUUUGAAGCAUAAACAGGGUGGUACAUUAGGAGACUUUAUCAAAUGGAACUUCACCAAAUUCUUGAUAGAUAAAGAAGGAAUACCUGUGAAAAGAUAUGCCCCAAAUGUUGACCCUGAAACUGUAGAAAAAGACUUUGACCAGUAUUGGUAAUGAUCUCCUGCUUGAUAUAACUUAAAACCAGACACUGUCAUGAUGAUCAAUUCUGUUGUGUAGAAUAUCCCUGAUAAAAACAAACUUAGCUCUUUUCUCACACAAUAAUUUUAAAAAAAAAAGCAACAAGGAAUAUGGCAACUGGUAUUGAAAAGAAAAUAAUAGUGGAAGUUAAAAUAAUUCAAAUUUGGAAAGUCAAAAGCAACUGAUAUUGACAACAAAAUAGCGGUACAUGUAGUUAAAAUUAGUUAAAUUUUGUAGAAUGUGACAACUGGUAUCACCAAAUAUUAUGUUGUGAGAAAAACAAACUUUAAUUCAUUUUUGGUGUACAAUUGAUCAAGAAAAUCUGUUUAUGAUAUUUUUGUUUUGUGUUAAUUUAUACAAUGCUCUUUGCUCUUUGAAUUUUAGACAUUUAAAUUUGCAUAUUUAAGGCAGGGAGUUAUGCAUUAUUCAGGAAUGUUACACUUAUUAUUGUUACAGAUUGUGAUGUUUGCCAUUAAUGUUUAGAAUAUAAGUUACUACAUAUGCUGAAGUGGUCACAUAACCUUUGGACUGAUAGUGAACCUUCUGUACUUGUCUUUAGAAACUAUUCCGAGAUUCGUUGUUGAACAUAAAGUUACAUAGCUAAGAAAAAGUAACAUGUACAAUACAGUCAAAGUCAAAAUAAUAAAUGGUAAAAUUUAUCAAAUGUUAAGUCUGCGAGCUGGCAAUGCCAGUAUGGUAAACAAAUUUUGCAAUUUAUAUUUUAACAUCUUGUCAAGUUCUAAUAUACAUGAUAUGCUGAUUGAUUAGUGUAUGUAAAUGAUGUUUUUUUUAUGUGAAGUAAGGUAUUUAUUUGUUGUUGUUAAGUAGUUUAUGGUACCUACAUGUAUUACUAUAUAGUUUACAAGAAAUGGUCUAACUGGUACUUUUCGGGUUUGGAGAUUUUGUCAGCAGACUUAAUGACGGAGUUUUCUGUAAACCAGUCUCUGGUCUGAAAUUCCUGAAUCUUCAUUGACGUGCUGAACUGUCUGUCUGCCUAAAUCAAAGGUCCUGAAUAUAUCAGUUAUGACUUAAAUUGUACAAACAAAAGUAUUAAGAGAUGCAUUUUGAUGGUUUUAUUUUGUGCUUGUUUUUUUAUGCCCUGGGCAUAUAGUAAUAAAAAACCCAAAGAGCUAGAGCUUAGAUAUUUAUCAUGAAACAUCUUCUAAUGGGUGUCUACCAAGUUUGUUCAAAUAAAAGCCCCUGGUUUAAAAUUGGCCUUGGCCCAGGGGCCUAUAUACAGGUGAGCCAUUUCAGGCCCAUCAUGGCCCUCUUGUUUGAAAAAUUGUUACUGACAAGAAUUGGGGCUGGGGCAUUUGUGUUUACCAAAUUUUUGUUUAUGAUCCAUUUGUUCAUAUAUUAAAUUUAUUCUGUACAUUACUGUGUGGUUGACUAACUUCACCAAGAUUAUCUUUGACAAUGUUUUUACUUUGUUCCAGCAAAGGUAAAUCAAUUUAUUCAGUAUCCAUGAAUCUUAUUAUUCUUUUAAUUUAUAUCUUUUAAGUUUAAAGUAAACAUGUAUAUCCUAUACAAUGUUAAGGUACCAACGAAAUGUGCUUAAAAAAUGGAAUUAUAUGUUCCAAAAAGUUUCCUAAAUUGUACUGAUUCUUUAUCUGACAAGUUAAGGACAUAGGUGGCAAUAAGUCUAAUCAUUAUCAUUUAUGUACAGAUUUAAUAGUUCCAAGUGUGUUUAACAAAUUGUAAUCCCCCGCCGAAAGGCGGCGGCGGGGGAUAUAGAAAUAGUCUCCUUCCGUCCGUCCAUCCAUCCGUCCUUCCGUUAGACAUUUUUGUCAGGAGCAUAUCUCAAAAAGUAUUUGAGGUAUCAACUUGAAACGUCAUAGGUGGAUGGAUAUCAUUGAGGAGAAGUGCAGUGCACAAGAAUAAUAAUAAUAACUCUACCCUGCAUAAUUUUUGAGUUAUUGCCCUUUGUUAUUUUUCAAAAUUAAUUUUUGUCCAGAGCAUAACUCAAAAAGCCUUUGAGAUAUCAACAUGAAACUUCAUAGGUGCAUAGAUCUCACUCAGGAGGUGUGCAGCAAAUAAGAAGGAUAACCUACCCUGCAUUAUUUUUCAGUUAUUGCCUUUUGUUAUUUUCAGCCAUCAGUAUUCACAUAGGUUUCAAAUCUGUUACCACUCUUCAGCCAUCAGUUUUCAUUACCAAAAGACCUCUUAAAAUUGAAUUAUUCUGCUCUACUACAUAUACAUUCUUCCAAUGAGCAAACACAUUCGGCGGGGGAUGGCCAUGUUGACAUGGCUCUUGUUAACAUUCUUGAAGAUUAUUUUAGAAACUUAUUGAACUCAAAAUUCUUUUUGCUGUUAACAUCCCAUGUUUUGAUGUUGUUUGACGCUAAAUUGUUAUUGAACAUGACUAUAGAAUUAAAAUUUGCUCAUGCUCAGAA